GUUUUCAGUCUGGCUGCCGUUCCUUCGCAUGCAGCCGGUGCUGCGGCAGAAGAGGAAGCUGCGGUCAAGCUUGGCCGGCUGGAGGACCCUCGGCGCAUGUCCGAUGCCGGAUACUGCGCGCGCGAGGAGGUAGAGAUGCUGUGGAAGCAAAAGUCACGCAUGGACGUUCUCUUCGACGGAGGUCACAGAGAGGCCUACUGGAUGGCUCGUGAUGAGAUCUAUCCUGAGGCCGGCCAUCGGGGCUCUGACCGUCAGCCGUUGGGCAACAGAUCAGGGGACAAAAUCGAGGAGAUCGUCACUGCAGUUGGGAAGCUGAAGGUGCUGAAUCGCUGCAAGGCCAAGGGCCAGCUGGUCUUCGUAGAUGUUUGCGGAGCGCCUGGAGCAUGGUCCAAGUACUUCUUCAAGCUCGGUGCCGAGGCUGAGUGUGUGGUCCGCGGCUUCGGCUUCAGCCUCCGCGAAGGCACUAACGCAUUGAGCUGCACCUGGUUCCCCGAGGACUUGGCGAAGCGCGAGAAUUUCGUUGAGCUCUGGGGAGCUGACGGGAGCGGGAAUGUGUGCCUGCCGAGCAACGUGGCUCACGCUGCCGCCGAAGUUAGACGAGAAGCGGAUCUUGUGAUGGCAGAUGGAGGCUUCUUGGUCAACAAAGGAAGCAAUGGUGAACACAUGGAGAACUACCAGGAGAUAGUCUCCGGCAGCAUCCUACUGGCCGAG